CCCUUCCUCUAUUUCUGUUAUUUCCUUUCUGCUUUGCUCCUUGCUGUUUCAUCUUCUAUCUGUUGCAAUUGACUCUUUGUGUCAAGUCAGCCUGGACUGGCCCCCGGUGGUGGGCUUGUUGCUCUCGGUGAUCGCCAGAAAAUCCCCAGAAGGAAAAAAAAAAAAAAAAAAAAAAAAAAAAGGAGCAGCCAGCUUUGUGGCCCAAUGCCGUCAAUCCUUUAGCUGCGUGCUGUGCCAGGUGUCCCAGCCGCAUCCUCCCUCUCUUUCUCCAGCCCUUGCUCAUGCUCCUCCCUCCUCGCUUCACCUUUGCUGUGCACUCUCAUAGAUGCUGCUGCGGUUUCACACUGGCUGCUGAAGAUGUCUCCGAAGACAUUCAUCAAGGACCUGCGCCGUCUCUCACGAUCAAGCUUCCAGAAACGAAGCCCCAGAAAGCCAAAAGAUGACUGCUCAUUCUCGGACGUGAAUGGCGACGGCCAUACGAUCAACGGAGCCUCGACUCCAACUUUCGACAAUUGCUCCUCCAACAGCUCCCACACAACUCCACCUCCGUCUCUUCCGACCCUGUCUUCCACCCAUCUCUCAUGCAUUUCCAAGUCGGAACCAUCAUAUCCGCUCGCUCCUCUUCCCCAGAGACCCGUUCCUAUCAGUUCCCCGUCGAGUCGAAGCAGUGGUGCCGGUAGUAAUCCCUAUCUGAUAAGCCCACCGUCCAGACCCUCAAUACCGGUAUCGCCGUUUGCACCUCGAGUGACAUCUAUCUCAGAAAAUUCAUGGGUCAAUCACAAAGUAAUACUUAUCUAUGGCCAGAUCGGCGAUGCUCGAAGUGCACCGGUGGACGGCAUGGUGAUUAUAAACCUUUUGAACGAAUCAUUCCCCCCCACCACCUGGCCUGUUCGCGGUUCUCACUUCAAGGCUCUGUUGCACCUGGCUCCCGGUCCAAACAAAGUUCGACUGGAUUUCUUUUCUCAAAAAGUUCCCAAUGCAACGGCACAUCAAUCCACAAUCAGUGUGAACUAUCUGCCUAUGAUCAACUGCCCACCUCUGCACCUUGUGAUCCUUCUCGGCAAAGAUUCCAAUGGCCAAUUUGAUACCCCUUCCGAAAAGGCACUGAAGGGAGAGGAUAGCCUUGAUGUUGCUAUUCGCAAGUUCCGCAUGGCUGCGUAUCUUUGGCAGGCUUUCACCCAGGAACAGAUGUUCCGAAACAACUUCGCCAGACGUUCGUUCAGGUUUGAAGAGGAAUGGCAAACUGGAACACUUAGCUCGAGAGAUGCAGCCUCCAAUCAGAUGAGAAAUGAAGCCAAAAUUCAUCUCGUUCGAUGUGACAAGACUGUGGAUGAACUGAGAAAGCUUGGUGCUGAGCAGCGUCCUGACACCCCACCGAGCGAAAAUGAACUCUUUAAGGUCGCAAAGGAAGCGAUCAGCCAGUAUUUUAUGCAAAAACGUGACCAAAAAUUCUAUGUGACAGCUCUGAUCCUUGAUAGCCAUUGGAAUAGCGAUAUCAGAUCUGUUGCCGGUCACGCAGCGGUUGGGUUUGCUGAUGACGAUAUUAGCCUAGCUAUUUUUGGCUCUCAUGGCCUCCACAGUUAUCCGUCCUGCAUAGAAGAGGUAGUUCCAGCGUUUACGGACUGUACUCGAACCAAUACUAACCUGCUUGCUAACCCAAACAACGAAUGUGGCAGCUAUUGGGAGAUGGCGAGUGCGAAUAUCGGCGCUCAUCUUCGUGAAAUAGGCCGUCUGUUCGGUUGCGAUGGACGAGAAAGUGGGAUAAUGAGUCGGGAUUAUCUGCGAUUCAACAGAUCGUUUACGAGCUGGGAGCCAUUUUGUACCAGAACCAAAGAACAGGGUUUACGCCUCUGUUUAGCCCAAGAUGAAACCAAUUGGCACCGCCUUGACGCUUUGCGUUUCCGCCUGCACCCUUGCUUUCGCCAUCCAAGUGACCCUCCGGCAUGCCCGAAUCGCUCCCUCCAAGUCUGGCCAGUCGAUGCUGGCAAAAUUGUGCUGACAUCCAUGGCCGGCAUUGCCUUUAUUGAAAUUUUUGCCGAUGGAGACGAGAUUUGCACCGCAUAUUUUGAUUAUAUGAACGGCGAUUUGGGGAAUAGCAGCAGCAACGGGAUGCCAAAGCAAAUCACUAUCACGGAGGAUGGUAUUCGUGCUCGGCUUCCUGAUAACCGGAAAAAAGCGAAGAGACUGAAACUUGUAAUCUUUUCCAGCUCUCUCCACAGCCACAUCGUGGAGGACCUUUCUCAGCUCAAAUCCAAAAGUUCACUGGUCAAGCUGUCUAAUAACCAAGUCGGUUACAGGAGCAACAUGUUAGGCACCCACUCAUUCCCCGGGAGCGUGCCUGAGGAUCUGAUUCUAGAUUUUGCUGUUAUUCAAACAAAGCUACUUACUUCGCUUAAGGUCUACCACGACCCAUUUUCUAUUAGCGGCAUCGAGUUCUGUUAUGAAGAUGCUACAACUCAGUUUUUUGGUAAUCGAGACUCUCAAUCUACGAAUACCAGCGAAUAUGUACUUGGUAAGAGUACAGCCUCCUAUGACUCCACUUGCUUAGGUUUGUACUUAUCGCCUAUCGUUGUAACUUAUAUAGAUACCCGGAAAGGCGAGCUUUUGACCGGAUUCUAUGUUCGAGCAACGCAGAAGGUUGAAGGAAUUGGGGUAAUCACGAAUAUGGGAAAAAUAAACGGCGUUUGCGGUAAUGCAACAGCGGGAAUUGGGCACACUUUGAUUGCACCACGUGGGUAUAAAAUUGCCGGCGUUUCAGGGACGUUUUCUGAAAGCAUCGACACCUUCUCUUUAAUCAUUAGUCGAUAAGGGUGGAUUAGCUCCGUCGACGGCUCCUUAGUGAUUCGGUCCUCAUAAUCUCCUUCGGUCGCACCGCCUUGGGGGGCUCUUUUGGUUUCUCUAUUAUGCGGUGUACGAUAAUCCCAGUUGCAUGGGUUGAAGCAAUUUCUCAUUGGCGAUGACUCACGACAGUCCACUCAGUCGUUUCUUUGCUCUUGUGAGAUCCGAUAGGAUGGGACGGUUUGUUGUUUUGAGAACGGGCGGCAUUGUGUUGUGUGUUUCAUUUUAACGGCUCCUCAUAUCCGAUCGGGUCAGUCUUUGCGAUGCCAUCGACUAAAAAAGAAGAACGAAAAAAAGAAAAAAAAAUUCUUUGGGACAAUAUAGAUAUGCGGUUUCUCAUUAUGCAAGCAUCGCGGGCCUUUGGCGGGAUGAUCUAACUACUAUUCUUGCACAUCCAUUCGUGCAAAACUAAUUAAUAGAAUACCUACAGAUAAUAACUGAAUUACCUAAGUUUG